GGGCGAGGGCCGCCAUUUUGACUGAGCAACCCUAGUGACAGGAGCCGAAGCAGCAGCGCAGGUUGUCCCCGUUUCCCCUCCCCCUUCCCUCUGUGGUUGAUUUCCCGGGCCCCCUACACUCCACAACCCCGGCUCUGCCAUGUCCCAGAAACAAGAAGACGAGAACCCUGCGGAGGAGACCGGCGAGGAGAAGCAGGACACACAAGAGAAAGAAGGUAUUCUCCCUGAAAGAGCUGAGGAAGCAAAGCUAAAGGCCAAAUAUCCAAGCCUAGGACAAAAGCCUGGAGGCUCUGACUUCCUCAUGAAGAGGCUCCAGAAAGGGCAAAAGUACUUUGACUCAGGAGACUACAACAUGGCCAAAGCCAAGAUGAAGAAUAAGCAGCUGCCAAGCGCAGGACCAGACAAGAACCUGGUGACUGGUGACCACAUCCCCACCCCACAGGAUCUGCCCCAGAGAAAGUCCUCACUCGUCACCAGCAAGCUUGCGGGGUAACCUGGGCACCCCCUCCUCCCCUUCCUCACCCACUGGACUUUAUGUAUUGUAGGCAGGGAUGGAAUUGGGCAGCUAGUCAGAUCUUUCCAGAUUGCUAGCCGAAAAUGCUGCUGCCGGGGGCUACUGAGGAGGUCACGUGGGUUGAAGAGGGGCUCUUGAGGUCAUUUCUUUGGUUACAUGGAGACUUCUCACCUUCACUAUAGCCCAGGUAGGGGCCGGGAAAUAGGAAAGACCAGGAUUGGAUGAUGCUGCAAACUUUUUCUCAGUGAGAAACUGGAGAGAGGUCCUUUCUCCUCUUGGAAGAUAAUAUCCCGAAGUGGUUAGGCUGAGCCCUGGGAAUAAUAUGGCAGGUUGAACAGCCCCGGGCUAACCUGACGUGUUGGGAAAGGUAGAUGGGGUGAGAUGUGUUUUCUGUGCUUCUGAGUGUUGUGUCCCUCGGGCUGCUGUUGCUUUCUGUGUUCCUUGUGGCAGGCAGAGAGAGUCCUCACCCAGGCCUGAGUGGUCUGCCUGAAACUGCAGUGCCUAGUUAACCUCUACUUAGUGUGGCUACAGAAAGAUUGGCAGACAUUACUCACAGAAGAUGGGCACCUUCUCUCUCUCCUUGCAUGUUGCUUUACAGAGUGUCAUGGGAUAGUAGGAAGAGCAGUGGUUUAGGAGUCUAGACACCUAGGUUCUGGGUCCACUUGGCCUCAGCAGUACUGAUGUAGGAACCUCAGUCAAGUCAUUUAGUCUCUUUGGAUUUCUAUUUCCUCAUUGUAAAAAUAGUUAUUAAAUAUACAUAAAUUGAUGGUGAUUGUAAAAUCCUAUAACUGCCAGCAGAAAAAUUCUGUGCUGUGCAUUGGGUGAGCCUCCGUGCUAGGCAAGUGCAGAGGGGACCCUCCAUCAAGGACAGAGGAAGUUGGAGUUUGCAACAGAACUUCAUAGUCCUGAGCGUCAGAUUCUUAAGAAGCUAGCCAUGGGCCCCACCCACUUUUUCCCACAGCCCACGUCUGGACCUUAGCUGCUCAAGAACUGCUCCGGCAGCAGAGUUCUUGGCUAUGGAAACACGCUUGGUCAUGCACACGUGGAGAACCAUGCUUCGGGUGUAAUUGGGUGCCAGGUAUAUUGUUAGGGAGAGAGAACAGGAAGGGGUAAACCACUGCAGGGCUGGAACAGCAGGUUUUAGGAGAUGAUUCACCUUGGAGGAAGCUGGGGCGACGAGGGAGGAAGACUGAGAAAUCCCUGCCUUCCUAGAGCUCGGUAGCCCAGCUCUUGUGCAGUGAGGAGGGGUGGCAGUGGUGAGCCUGAACAGGUGGAGGAAAGGGGCUGCCGGUGGCACCGCUUGGCCUGAAUCUUACUGAAUGCAACCUGCUUGAUACGGCAGGAGGGCCAGGGUGAGAACUUACUGUUCGAAAAUGCAAGAUUCCGGAAUCCUCUCUUGCUCUUUGACCUCACAAUUCUGAAAUGCCAAACAUUUGGCUUGAUGAGGAUACCUGAUGAAUUUGCUGGUGUACAUGUAGGAGAAUAAGGUGUGUAUCUGCUUCUUUCCUGACUGGCCGUUCGAUGUUCAGGCUGCCACUCAGAUUGGAUAGGAAAAGGUUGGUGAGGAAGGCAUGGAGAAGAGAGCAGGCUCCCUGGCCCCCAAAUUCCUUGACUGUCACUUGUAAUUGUAUAUAAUUUUUGUGUUCCUUGCUCCAUUUCCUCAUGCUGUCAUCCUUAAUCAAAAGUCCAUGUGGGAAGGGGAAAAUGCUGAACAUCAUUGUAUAGUUUCCUUGACUGUCCUGACCAUAAUGUACAUAAAUGUCAUGUUAUUAUAUAUAUAAAUAUAUAUAUAAUUUUGUACGUUUUCUUCAUCUCUGAUCUUCUCGAAUUCUGUACUUUUUCUUUUCUGUGUCAGCUGCCUUCUCUCUCCGUCAGUUUGAGUCCUCAAGAGUUAUGGUCACAAAAGUCUGAUUUUAGCAAAGGAGCAGGGAAAUCAGAAAAGCUGUUGAUCUCACUCCCUCCCUACCUAGUCAUCUUCAGAGCUGAGAAGACAGAAACGCGCUGCAUUUUGUAUGUGCCACCUGUUUCCAUGGCUUGAAGCACAGAGCGUCCUCAACAAGGAAAAGUCAUUUUAUAACCCAAAUGCAGAUUGCUUUGGUUAAAUCUAAAUUACUAAAUCCACUCGAAAUAUCGUGUGUGUGGUCUGGCCUUGGCCUCCACGCAGUGACCACCGCAUCACUGUGCCACCUCAUUGUUGGUGCUGCAAGUGGCUGUGGCCAAGCUAUGCAACCAAGCCCACUUUGAGCCAGGCUGUGCACCUCCCUGGAAACCUCCAACAAUUUUGAUCUUGUCUAAAGAAUUGUUUUUCUGUGUUUGUUUUCCAUGAGUAGUUCCAAAAAGGUAGAAAACACUGUUUUGUAGAUAGGGAAGGACUAAAAUAUUCUCUUUUUUUUUUUUUAUUACUUUUUGCAACUUCCUUAAAGAUAGGGAUGAGGUAUAUGCCAGGAAGCCUAGUGAUUAUUAAGUAUGAAGGCAUCUUGGGGUAGAAUCUGGGAUGGAAUUCAGGGUUUUUCCCCUAUUACUUGACCUUGUUUUUUUGUUUUGUUUUGUUUCUUCUAUGUUCG